AUGGUUAAAAAUAAAAAAACUAGCCGAUUGGCCACUCAAAAUAACAGUGCAACAAAUAAACGCCCUCAAGGAUCAAUUAAAAAAUAUUGUACCGAAAAAAAAAUCAACAAGAAAAAUAACCUUCGCGUUAAACUUAGGAAAAAUGUAAGGGACAAUGAUAUUCAAAAUACAAUUAAUUCUACUCCAAAUAUUUUAAAUAGUAAAAAUAAUAAAAGGAAAAAAUCUUUGGAAAAUGUUGAAAAUAACCUAAUAUUAUAUGAAAUCAAACCAUUAAGUCCUACAAAACUCUCGAUAAGUGUUAAAAAGUUCUACAAUAAUAAUAAAUUCAAACAAUAUGAAGACAAUAUACAUUUAUACAACAAAAAUAAUACAGCUCAUAUUAAGGAAAUGAUGACUAUUAAUACAAAUAAAAAUGAAGAUAAUAACGAUGUCAAACCUAAAAGUAUUUUGAAAUGUGAAAAAAAAUACAGCAGAACUAAAAAGAAGUUAAAACAUUUUAACUAUCAUAAACCUUAUGAUUUGAACCCACAACUAAAUAAAGAAAAGUAUAAAAAGAAACCAACAUCUAAUAAAAAUGAAUCUACAAAAGUGUUUAGUAAAGAGGGUGACUUAGAAAAUGAUGAAGUGCAUUUGAAUUCUUUACAAUCACAAAUAACAAAUGAAACUCAGACAAAUGAAUAUCUUGUUGAAGAAUACCAAGUAACGCAAUCUACAAUUAAUGCUCUCUCAAUAUCUGUUAAGCGAUUUUACAAAAGUAAGACUCCGUCAAAGGAUAAUGAAAAAGUCAUCAAGGAUAUGCCACUCAUUUCUGAUACUGCAUUUAAUUCAAAAGCAGAUUUUAAUAAGCCUCCUAUAUCGCCAAAAUUAAAUAGUAGUCAUAAAAUAAGUUUACAUGUAAAACAUAUAACCGAUACAUCCAGUAAUAAGCAACAAAAAGUCACUGCAUUUUUUCCUAUCCGAAGAAGUGCUCGUAAAACAAAAAAUGUAGUCAAUGAAGAAAAACAAUUAGCCUUAGAAGAAGCGAUUGCCUCACAAAAUGAAGAUGGAUUAAAAAUAACUGUAUUCCCUAAUAAAGGUCGUGGCAUAGUAGCAGGAAAAGAUUUUACUCGUGGUGAGUAUGUUGUUGAAUAUUCUGGAGAGUUAAUUUAUAUUCAAGAAGCUCGUAAAAGGGAAGCCAUUUAUUCUCAAGAUACCACCACCGGUUGUUACAUGUAUUAUUUCAAAUAUGGUUCAACACAUUACUGUAUUGAUGCAACACCUGAAAGUUCAAGACUUGGCAGACUUGUAAAUCAUUCAAGAUUUGGUAAUCUUGUACCUAAAAUUGUAGAAGUAGCAGGGCUACCCAGGAUUAUUUUGAUCGCAAAAUUUGAUAUUAAACGGGAUGAAGAAUUAACCUAUGAUUAUGGUGAUCGUAGUAAAGAAUCUCUCAUCAAUCAUCCAUGGCUUGCUUAUUGA